GCUGCGCGAGCGGGGCCGGCGAGCCGACGGCGGCGGGCGCCGAUGGGAGCGCGCGGGGGGCUGGCGAGGGCACCCUAUUGUAUCCAGCAUGCUCCAAGGCCACAGCUCCGUGUUCCAGGCCUUGCUGGGGACCUUCUUCACCUGGGGGAUGACGGCCGCGGGGGCAGCACUUGUGUUCAUAUUCUCUAGUGGACAGAGGCGGAUCUUAGAUGGAAGCCUUGGCUUUGCUGCAGGGGUUAUGUUGGCAGCUUCCUACUGGUCUCUCCUGGCCCCUGCGGUCGAGAUGGCCAUGUCCUCCGGGGGCUUUGGGGCCUUUGCCUUCUUCCCGGUUGCUGUUGGCUUCACCCUCGGAGCUGCUUUUGUCUACUUGGCUGACCUCCUGAUGUCUCACCUGGGUGCAGCCGAAGACCCCCAGAUGGCCCUGGCCCUGAGCUUCGACCCUGCAUUGAUGAAGAAGUCCGAUCCGGAGGGCCCCACGCUGCUCUUCUCCGAGAGUGAACUUUCCAUCCGGAUAGACAAGAGUGAGAAUGGUGAGGCCUAUCAGAGGAAGAAGGCGGCGCCCACUGGUCUUCCAGAGGGUCUUGCCCCGCCUGUGCCUUCUCGAGGGAACCCGGUGCAGCCCGGCAGCAGCCGCUGGAGAAGGAUUGUGCUGCUCAUCUUGGCCAUCACUGUACACAACGUUCCAGGUAGUUUCAUUCUUUACAUAUUUGAUACCAAGUUUUUUGGAGCAUACUUUCACAACUAUGACUUGAUGGCUGUGGAGGGUGCCUUUUACAAAUACAGCAUAUUUCUGGUCUGCUUAAUGCCGCUUAAAAAUACAGCUGAGUUGACUCUUUUUUUUUGA